AUGUCAUUCUUUAACUUCAAAGGUUUUGGAAGAAAUUCGAAAAAGAAUAAGAAUCAACAAGCACAAUCACCACCUACAGCUAUAGCUCAACCUGCACCACCAAACUUAUCAUCUAUAUAUUCUAGUCCACAUAACUCUAACUCAAAACUAUCACUACGGAAAAAUCAUUCACCAAAAAGAAAUUCACAAGGUAGUUAUCCUGCUUCUCAUGCAUCACAUCAUCGUCCAUCACAACAACAACAACAACAACAGCUGCAACAGCAACACAAUUAUAGUACGCAGAGUUCCUCACCGGAGCGUACUCAGUCACAGUCACAACAGAUCAUGUUCCUUAGUGAACCAUUCGUAAGGACAGCAUUAGUGAAAGGUUCAUUUAAGACAAUUGUUCAACUACCGAAAUACGUUGAUAUUGGAGAAUGGAUAGCUUUAAACGUAUUUGAAUUUUUCACUAACUUAAAUCAGUUUUAUGGUGUGAUUGCAGAAUAUGUAACACCUGAUGCUUAUCCAACAAUGAAUGCAGGCCCUCAUACGGAUUAUUUAUGGCUAGAUGCUAACAAUAGACAAGUUUCAUUACCUGCAAGUCAAUAUAUUGAUUUAGCUUUAACAUGGAUAAAUAAUAAAGUGACAGAUAAAAAUUUAUUUCCAACAAAGGAUAAUAUCCCAUUCCCACAAGAAUUUUUAAGAGACGUUCAAAGAAUUAUGAUUCAAAUGUUUAGAAUAUUUGCACAUAUUUAUCAUCAUCAUUUUGAUAAAAUAGUGCAUCUUUCAUUAGAGGCUCAUUGGAAUUCAUUUUUUGCUCAUUUUAUUAGUUUUUCAAAAGAAUUUACCAUAAUUGAUAGAAAGGAAAUGACACCAUUAAUUCUGUUAAUCGAAAAUUUUGAAAAACAAGGAAAGAUCAUUACUACAUAA